AUGGCUAUCACCAAUGCGACCAGCACCGUCCAGGCGAUCUUCGCCCUCCACACAGCAACGGCUGGUUUGGCCCUGCUCAUGCUCAUCACAGCUGGCUUGGUCUUCCUCAAGCAGCUGAAGAGCGGCACCAGCCGUCCUGGUGGAUGGAAACGGUUCUCAUACAACGCUGGUGCGCCCAGGCACUCCAGCUUAGGAACACACUUCUGGCUUAUGUCCGGGCUGUUUAACCUGAUGGUCGCCUAUGCCGCUCAAGCAGCCAUCGUCGCUCUGCAGACCAGGACCAACUCGCCUUUCUCGAUCACCUCGAUGUACUCCUACCCAUCAUACGGAGUAGCGAACUCUGUGACCGGCGCCAACUAUGGCAAGGAUAUCUCCAUUCUCUCUUUCCUCUACCAGUUCGCUAGUAUCUUGGUCAAUGUCUGCAUUGUUGGUGCCAUCUGGAUGCACGCCAACCAUUUGGAGUGUAAUGCAACUGGCAUCAAGGCACCUGGCUUCAUCUCGUGGAUUUGGAACCAGUUCUGGAUUCUGGCAAUGCUUGGCCUCGGCUUCGCUGCUUGGGGUCUUGCAUACAUCCGCCGCGGCAACGGAAACUCUGCCUUGUACUUCCUGUCCAUCCUUAGCUCUAGCAACAUCACACGCACGAUUUUUGUUACCUAUGUUGCAGUCACGAUCGCGGCAUCGACCAGCGUGACCAUUGAGGCUCUCUUGUGCUUGACUGGUGUAAAGAAGAACGGUUUUGGAGGCACUGUCACCAACACCAAGCGCAUCCUCGGCUCCUUCGUCUUCAUGGUCCUUCCCAUCGUCUGGGUCCGCAACGCCUUCAGCAUCGCCCAGAUCGUCAUGCUCUACUACAACGUUAACAACUGGUCCCGCACUACCAACCAGGCCCUUGCCUUCCUGUUCAUCAUCUUCGGUGAGCUGGCCAACCUUGCUAUCCUUGGCUUGGUACUUCUCGGCGCUAUGAGCUUCAGCAAGACUCUCAAUGUCAGGCCUACUUCGGUGCCCAACACCAACAGAGAGGCUCGCGCUUCGAGCAUGUCGAGGUACACUCGUGAUGACAAGUCUGAGAAGACUGAUGUCUAAAGCUGGAUGUUGAUGUGUAGAACGGAGGAAGGCGUACGAAUAGUGUGU